CGAAAGAAAAAACGGGAGCGAAAGAGGGACGAUGAGCCGGGGACCAGCCACUCUGCUCCGAAAGGGCUGAGCUCCACCAAGGCAGACCCUCAAGAACUGUAGCGCACUCCUGCAGCCACCCUCAUCUCCCGGGAGCGGCAGACUGCGCUGUGUGGACGAGUCCCGAGAAAGGAAUAGGUUAUCGGCAGCUCCCCUCCCGAGAAACGCAGGAGAAAGACCAGCAGGGCACCCGGCUUUUCCCUUCUCCGGCUCUCUCUCUCUCUCUCUCUCUCUCUCUCUCUCUCUCUCUCUCUCUCUCUCUCUCUCUAUCCUCCGGAGCCUCUCUGCGCGCUGCCUGGAGGACGAGGGCACGAAGCAUGGAUUGGGGUUACCUGUUGGAAGUGACCUCCUUGCUGGCCGCCUUUGCGCUGCUGCAGCGCUCCAGCGGCGCUGCUGCCGCCUCAGCCAAAGAACUGGCGUGCCAAGAGAUCACCGUGCCGCUGUGCAAGGGUAUCGGCUACAACUACACCUACAUGCCCAACCAGUUCAACCAUGAUACUCAGGACGAGGCGGGCCUGGAGGUGCACCAGUUCUGGCCGCUGGUGGAAAUCCAGUGUUCGCCCGACCUCAAGUUCUUCCUGUGCAGCAUGUACACGCCCAUCUGCCUGGAAGACUACAAGAAGCCCCUGCCUCCCUGCCGCUCUGUGUGCGAGCGCGCGAAGGCCGGAUGCGCACCCCUCAUGCGCCAGUACGGCUUCGCCUGGCCUGACCGCAUGCGCUGCGACCGGCUGCCGGAACAGGGCAACCCCGACACGCUCUGCAUGGACUACAACCGCACUGAUUUCACCACGGCUGCGCCCAGCCCGCCGCGACGUCUGCCGCCGCCGCCUCCUCCUGGUGAACAGCCGUCCUCCGGCAUCGGCAACGGCCGCCCGCCAGGGGCCAGACCCCCUUCCCGAGGGAGGGGCGGGGGCGGCGGGGACGCGGCGUCGCCCCCCAUUCGCAGCGGAGGCGGCGGGAAGGCGCGGCCCCCUGGCGGCGGCGCGGCUCCCUGCGAGCCGGGCUGCCAGUGCCGUGCGCCAAUGGUGAGCGUGGCCAGCGAGCGGCAUCCGCUGUACAACCGUGUCAAGACCGGCCAGAUAGCUAACUGCGCUCUGCCCUGCCACAACCCCUUCUUCAGCCAGGACGAACGGGCCUUCACCGUCUUCUGGAUCGGCCUGUGGUCUGUGCUCUGCUUUGUGUCCACCUUCGCUACUGUGUCCACCUUCCUCAUCGACAUGGAGCGCUUCAAGUACCCGGAGCGGCCCAUCAUCUUCCUCUCCGCCUGCUACCUGUUCGUGUCCGUCGGCUAUCUGGUACGCCUGGUGGCAGGGCAUGAGAAGGUGGCGUGCAGCGGUGGCGCGCCGGGCGCCAGCGGUGCGGGCAGCGCAAGCGGAGCGGCUGCGGCGGGCGCGGCGGGUGCGGGCGCGGGCAGCCCGGGAGGGCGCGGCGACUAUGAAGAGCUGGGCGGCGUGGAGCAGCAUGUGCGCUAUGAGACCACGGGCCCAGCCCUGUGCACCGUGGUCUUCCUGCUCGUCUACUUCUUCGGCAUGGCCAGCUCUAUCUGGUGGGUGAUUCUAUCGCUCACGUGGUUUCUGGCGGCAGGCAUGAAAUGGGGCAACGAGGCCAUCGCCGGCUACUCGCAGUACUUCCACCUGGCCGCGUGGCUCGUGCCCAGUGUCAAGUCCAUCGCCGUGCUAGCGCUCAGCUCCGUGGACGGCGACCCGGUGGCGGGCAUCUGCUACGUGGGCAAUCAGAGCCUCGACAACCUGCGUGGCUUCGUGCUGGCGCCGCUUGUCAUCUAUCUUUUCAUCGGCACCAUGUUCCUGCUGGCCGGCUUCGUGUCUCUCUUCCGUAUCCGCUCGGUCAUAAAACAGCAGGGUGGCCCCACCAAGACGCACAAGCUGGAGAAACUCAUGAUCCGCCUAGGCCUCUUCACCGUGCUCUACACGGUGCCUGCCGCUGUCGUGGUCGCCUGCCUCUUUUACGAGCAGCACAACCGCCCGCGCUGGGAGGCCACGCACAACUGCCCGUGCUUGCGGGACCUGCAACCGGACCAGGCGCGCCGGCCCGACUAUGCUGUCUUCAUGCUCAAGUACUUCAUGUGUCUGGUCGUGGGCAUCACCUCGGGCGUGUGGGUAUGGUCAGGCAAGACGCUUGAGUCGUGGCGAGCUCUGUGCACCCGCUGCUGCUGGGCCAGCAAGGGUGCCGCGGUGGGCGGGGGUGCAGGCAUGAGGGACACCGGCGGGCCGGGAGGGGGAGCUGGCGGGGGGCCGGGCGGGGGAGCGGGCUCGCUCUACAGCGACGUCAGCACAGGCUUGACGUGGCGAUCUGGCACCGCCAGCUCGGUGUCUUACCCAAAGCAGAUGCCAUUGUCCCAAGUCUGAGCGGAGGGGAGGGAGUCCCCCGGAAGGAAGAGGGGGCUGAGGAGGCCAAACGCUGCGAAGGGACACUCGACUGGCUGAGGUUCCCAACCCUGCAACGUGUUGACUGCUAUUAGCAUGAUAAUGAACUCUUAAUGGUAUCCAUUAGCUGAAACUUAAAUGACUGGCUUAGAACAAAGUACCUGGUAUUGAACGCUCCCAGACCCAUCCCCCUUUCCUCCAUUGAUAAGCGACUAGCUCCUCCCGCAAGGUGUAAAUUUCUAUUGGCGGGGGGGGGGGGGGGGGGGGGGGGACACUCUCCACGGUUCCCAGAACUAAGGCUUGGAGCCCUCUUUGGUUGCCAUUCGUUGAGCUUGAUGCUAGAUCUGCAGAUUUCACCCGAGGGACCUAUUUUUCUCCUACGUAAACUCUUGCUCCUCCCGCUUCGUAAAGGAGGGAUGAUCACGACCUAACUGGAUUGCACGGUUUGGGUAUUCUUAAUGACCAGGCAAAUGCCUUAAGUAAAUAAACAUGAAAUGUCUUAAUUAUACACCCCAAGUAAAUACGGGUUUCUUAAAUUAGAGAUGUAUUUAUAUAAUUAUUUGUUAAAUUGUAAAAUAUGUACAUAGCCAGAGAUAUACAGUCUGUAAAUUUUUUUUUAAAGUUUAGAGACCAUUCCUGUAAGAACAAAUAUAAGUAUUCUAUUUUGUUAAUAAAAUGACUUUUUAUAAAUGAUUUAAACAUUGCCCUCUCCCCCUACCUCUUCUGAGCUGUUACCUUUAAAGUGCUUGCUAAGGACAUGUUAGAAAAAUGGACAUUUUCUGGUUUAUCUGUACACUGACCUUAGGUAUAAAGAAAAUGACCUGUCAACUCUGGUUCUUAAGUUGUUUGCAAAGUAAAUAUCACUAUUGAACUGAAAACAAAACUGAGUUUUUACACCUUCCAAAGAGAUGGUGUUUUUAAUGGUAGCUCUUAUUUGAUCCAUGGAUAACAUCGCUCACCUUAGCGUGGACUAUUGCAAGAAAAUAAUUCCACUCAGGCCUUGUUAUUUAUUUUGUAUAAUAUCACUAAAGGAUUCAAAACCC